AAUACUUCCAAAUCUGACAGCCGAUCUGCUGUUGAUUGUUGGAGCUUUCUUAACAACACAGUCUGGAAAGGAUUUGCGUUUUCUUUACUUGGCAAUUCAUAGAUCCAAAUCGUUAAUUAUUUGCUAUCGUCAGAGUGUUAUUCUGCAAACUUCUCGGAACCUUCAUUAACCCAUUAUCAUGGUUUUUUUAACAUUUUUAUUGCCACCGGCCAACUCCUUUACUUACCUUACUUAAGGCCCAAUCAUUUUAUUGGGCUAUCCUACACUAAUAUAUGGGCCAAAGUUCGGCAUCGUUUUCGUAAAGGCCAUUGAAGGUGUUAUUGAGUUUACUGACUAUUAUGUGUUUGAUAAAAGAGCUGAAUGAAAGAAAACACACUUCACCUUCAGCUGAAUUGGCCCCGGGACAAAUAGGAUAAAGCCCUUGUUACUAACACCGGAAGGAUUCAUGGCGAAUUGUUGAUUAACACCGCCGGUAUAUGGUAACAAAGAUCAGCUGAAGUAUGGGAAUGAAGAUAAAGGUGGUCUGCAGGAAGGUUUACGAUUACGUGAGGUACGAUUUAAAGGAGAUUGCUUUCCCUUCUUCUUUACCUGAUCCACCCCAUUUCAAAAAGCGCCGGAAGCUCACUUGGAAGGAGCGUUUUCUCGUGUUAAAGGAAGCGACAAGGCUCUACGGUGCAAGCUGGGUUCGGGAUAUUGGUCCUGAAUUGAGGCCGAAUGAUUACAAAAAGCCAGUGGAGAAUGGAGUUGAAUUUGAUGAAGCAACAGAUGGGAAAACACAGAAAGAGCCCUCUAUGCUGGAGGAUCUUGCUGUUGCUGCACGAGGAGGCAUGGAAACACUAAGGCCAGCAUUGCAGCGCGUUUAUAUGACACGAGCUUCUGCAUAUAGAGAUGCUCUUAAAAGUUUUAUCGAAGGGUAUCAAGAAGGCAUUCAAAAUGUAAUGGAGAAGAAGGAUUCGAAAUCUACAUUGGAAGAUGACUCUCCAAAAAAGCCUUCACAAUAAUGUAAGAGGAAUAUGUAAAUGUUUCUUAAUGCUUAAUUAUUGAGUUAGAGUUUAGGUUAUAAUUUUGUGAGAAAAUCUUAUGAUUAUUCAGGAAAUGAGACUUUCAUCAUUAUUUAAAUCUUUUUUAAGCGUCGAUACUUGAUGGUUUCUAGCCUGCCAUAUAUAUAACUGCACUCAUCAUUAAGAUUUCUUUAGUAAGAAGUAGCUAUUGAAGAUCUGCUAGCAAAAAGCAGUUGAAUAACUCUACGAUAUGUGAGAUAUGUUAGCCACCAAAUGUAAAGAAAUUGUU